CAUACGGUAGGGGAUCAAGUACACGCCUCAAAUACCUGACCGACCACUGUUACAAAUAGUAACCUACAAAUUGCAUGAAGACCUGUAAUCAUUUUCCUGGGAUAAAUACAAAGAACAGUAGAUUUAUUUAUUUUUUAUUUAUGUUUUGUUUCCUAUGAAUUGGAGAUUAUCAGUAUUUUGGGUAGAUUAUAGGUGUGAAUUCUUAUUAGAUGGUUUGGUUGUUUAGCAACAAACUAUAGGGCAAAACAGAUGGAGUUGGUUUAGGUUGUUGACAACAUGUAAUCUAUAUUUCACUUGUUGUCUCUCAAAUAUAUCCUUACAGCACAUUUUUUCCAUAUUUGACAUGAAACCAGUCAAAACACCUUCAAUUAUCGAUUUACGAUUCCCCACAUGGCAGUUUCUUGUCAUUGUUGCUAUCUUUCCGUCCAGAAUCACAACACACAAACUGCUGCCCCAUUAAAGCCUGCGCAUCGAUUUCGUGACGCUGUCAGCAAUACCUAUCCAAAGGUGAAAUAUGAGAGAAUGCCGCGCUCUAGUGGACAAUGAUGAGAACCACAGCAGGUCAUCAAGUUAUAUCCUUCCUGUUUGGCCCUGUCCGGGGGUGUCCUCGGAUGGGGCCACAGUGUCUCCUGACCCCUCCUGUCUCAGCCUCCAGUAUUUAUGCUGCAGUAGUUUAUGUGUCGGGGGGCUGGGGUCAGUUUGUUAUAUCUGGAGUACUUCUCCUGUCCUAUUCGGUGUCCUGUGUGAAUCUAAGUGUGCGUUCUCUAAUUCUCUCCUUCUCUCUUUCUUUCUCUCUCUCGGAGGACCUGAGCCCUAGGACCAUGCCCCAGGACUACCUGACAUGAUGACUCCUUGCUGUCCCCAGUCCACCUGGCCAUGCUGCUGUUCCAGUUUCAACUGACCUGAGCCCUAGGACCAUGCCCCAGGACUACCUGACAUGAUGACUCCUUGCUGUCCCCAGUCCACCUGGCCAUGCUGCUGCUCCAGUUUCAACUUCCACCUGACUGUGCUGCUGCUCUAGUUUCAACUGUUCUGCCUUAUUAUUAUUCGACCAUGCUGGUCAUUUAUGAACAUUUGAACAUCUUGACCAUGUUCUGUUAUAAUCUCCACCCGGCACAGCCAGAAGAGGACUGGCCACCCCACAUAGCCUGGUUCCUCUCUAGGUUUCUUCCUAGGUAUUGGCCUUUCUAGGGAGUUUUUCCUAUCCACCGUGCUUCUACACCUGCAUUGCUUGCUGUUUGGGGUUUUAGGCUGGGUUUCUGUACAGCACUUUGAGAUAUCAGCUGAUGUACGAAGGGCUAUAUAAAUAAAUUUGAUUUGAUUUGAUUUGAUCAAGUUCAAAUUCUGUAGGGAUUUGAACAAUUUCUAUUUUCUAUUUCAUACCCCCAAAUUAUAAAUAAAAAAGUUACGUUGAUUUGCACUCAUAAAUUUAAAAAUAAGAGUCAAUGUUUAUAUGUAAUAUAAUGAUGAUAAUAAUGAUGAUGAUACAAUUGUCAUAAGGGGCCAAACCACAUGUCUUACUCUCCAGUAAACAGAUUAGAUUCCAGAACACAGGGCCUGUUGUUCUGAGUUAGCCUGCAUCAGAUUAGCCACCAUUAAAGUCAAGGAAACCAAUACACAAACAGUUUGUUUCUGGAUAAAAUGAUUCAGAGAAGUUUGUGAGCCACAAACAGUGGUGUGAAUUACCUCAGUAAAAAUACUUUAAAGUACUACUUAAGUAGUUUUUCGGGGUAUCUGUACUUUACUUUACUACUCAUAUUUUUGACAACUUUUACUUUUACUUCAGUACAUUACUGAAUAAAAUUAUGUACUUUUUACUCCAUACAUUUUCACGGAUACCCAAAAGUACUUGUUACAUUUUGAAUGCUUAGCAGGACAGGAAAAUUCACGCACUUAUCCUACUGCCUCUGAUCUGGCGGACUCACUAAACACACAUGCUUCGUUUGUAAAUUAUGUCUCAGUGUUGGAGUGUGCCCUUGGCUAUCCAUACAUUACAAUAACACGAAAAAGGUGCUGUCUGGUUUGCUUAUUAUAAGGAAUUUUAAAUGAUUUAUACUUCUACUUUUAACUAUAUUUUAGCAAUAACAUUUACUUUUGAUACUUAAAUAUAUUUAAAACCAAAUACUUUUAGACUUUUACUCAAGUAGUAUUUUACUGGGUGACGUUCUCUUUUACUUGAGUCAUUUUCUAUUAAGGUAUCUUUACUUUUACUCGUGUAUGACAAUUGUGUACUUUUUCCACCACUUGCCACAACCAAAUUCCGAUUCCAUCAAGCCUUGUCAUCAUCCAUCUAUUUAUAUCUGUGGGCUGACUUUGAUAGAUAAUGAAUCUUACUCGGGGUAUAGUAGGUUCCUUCCCACCCAAACCUUGUAUUUGAAAAAAAGUGCCCUUUACAGCCACUGGGCAACAAGCAGUGAAGUGUGGGUAAGUUAUGAGAUCUUUCACUAAUCAAGAGGUCAUGGGUAUUCUCUCUAUUUGUUCGAUCUAGGCACACUUUUAGAUAGGGUUAACUCAUAUUAUGUCAUAACCACAUAUGUGUUUAUUAGCCACCUAGGGGCCUAGGAUGAAAACCAAGAGCAUGCUGGAUAUGCAGUUGUUAUGCUAUGGUGGGUAAAUUCCCAUUGAGGGUUAGUUCAACCUCUGCAGGACAAAGUAGUAUCUGAGGUACUAGCUGUAGAAAGCGGAAUGAGACUCUUCUCUGUUUCCUGUCCAAACAUAAAAACAGAUGUUUGGAACUGAUUUUUGAUUAACAAAUUUCAGUAAAAGUUUCAUUUCUCCAAAAAAAAGAAGCAGCCGUAUCAAGCCUAUAUUUUAUUGGCAGAAUCCAGUAACUCUGACUUACUUACAAUGUCUUCUUUAAACGUUUUUGAACUAUGGUAAGCCAGAGGACACACUUGUAAGAUGGUAGUCAGCCAAUAAAAUCUCUCGUUUCAGUGUUCCCUCCCACUGUAUGACGGCGACAUGUAAAGUGUCAUCAUAUAUAAGGUGCCCCACUGUCAGACCCACACACUAUGCAGUGCAGAAGUGACUGAUGUAAAAAUGAUGGUCAGACACUUAUUUUUGUUUUACAUCAACUUGGUUUGUGCUUUUACCAAACCAAACGUAAUCCAACCAACCCCUGUGAUGGUUGCUAAGCUGGGAGGCUCUGUGACUCUCACUUGCUUUCGUCCAAAUGUGUCAGUGACCAGUUUUGAUUGGUUCAAGCAGAGUAUUGGACAGAAACCCCUUCACAUGGCGUCAUCACCAUAUAUUGGCCAAGAUAGUUUUUAUUCCAACAAUUUUAUCAAGGAUUUUACUGAGACCAAGCGUUUGGGUGUGAGGAGAGGACUCUACACCUAUAACCUGACCAUUUCCAAGACAGAGCCAGGGGACUCAGCUACAUACUAUUGUUCCACUAGAGUCAUCUAUGAGCUCACUAUUGGAGAGGGAACUGUUUUAAUUGUCAAAGACUCAGAGUCCAACAGCAUGUCUGUGCUCCAGCAGCCUGUGUCUGAUUCAGUCCAGCCAGGAGACUCUGUGACUCUGAACUGUACAAUACACACUGAGACCUGUGCAGGAGAACACAGUGUCUAUUGGUUCAGACAUGGCUCAGGAGAAUCCCGUCCAGGAAUCAUUUACACCCAUGGAAACAGGAGUGAUCAGUGUGAGAAGAGCACUAAGGCUGGGUCUCCUACACAGAGCUGUGUCUACAACCUCCCCAAGAGGAACCUCAGCCUCUCUGAUGCUGGGACUUACUACUGUGCUGUGGCCUCAUGUGGGGAGAUACUGUUUGGAGACGGGACCAAGCUGGAACUUCAAGUUCCAGAGCAUCAUCCUCCAUUUGAUCUGAGUCCUACUGUUCUGUCAUUGGUCGUCUCCAAUAUCGUUCUGGGGAUAGUGACCCUUCUACUUGUCUGGGCGCUGUGCAAGACUCUGAACAGAGAUAGCAGAGGGAGGACUGAUGUCCCAACGUCUCAGGGAAAUCAGAAUCAAGACAGUGACGUGUUGAACUAUGCAGCUGUCAGUUUCACCCCCAAGAAGAAGUCCUCCUCUAGAACAGCGAGAAAGAAGACCAGCAGAGAGGAUGCAGUGUACUCUGAUGUCAGAUACCUGCAGCAGCAGUGAAAGAUAUCACCACUGUCACAAAGACUCCAAGAAGAACCAUUUUACUAUUUGUAGCAUAAUUGAACUGCUUUUAGUAACUGAAAUGAGUUACAAUGUAACAAAGAAAAUGUAAUUGUAACAUUGUCUAGAUUUAUGUAAUCCUGUAAUGCCUUAAAUAGACAUAUCUUUUGACAGUUUGUAAGAAAUCAUCUGAUAGAGAAUCCCAUUUUUGCUGUAUGACUGUGUGUUUUUAACAUAAUAAACCUUUCAUUUAUACACUCCG